AUGGCUAUCUACUCGUCAGUGCCGCCACCCCCGGAGCUGCAGGGCUCAGCGGAUGCGUCUCAGCAGCAUGCGGAAUUGCCUCAACCGCAGAGCGCAACUGUUGUUGCAGCGUCAAGUCAGAUUGACAUUGAAGCGUGGACAGUUUCCGCGCUUCAAUCGUUGAGUGUAUCAGCCGAUGCACCUGCGACGAUCCCGCUGUCAAUCCCACUGGAUGAACAUGUCCGGAGCAGCCCUGCAACGAAGCGUUCCGUGAGGGUACAAGAGCCUGAACGGAGUGCUACUACGCCCUCUCGCCGCCCUCUUUCCCGACGCGAUAGUAUGGAUCGCCGGGAUGCUUUGCUGAAGGGCAAGGAGGGCAGCCGGCAGCGGCGUCGCUGGGAGAAUGAUCGAUUGAUGCAUAACCCCUACUUCCAGCCGCCCGAGCCCAUCGAUUACGUGCCUCGUCCCACGCAUCCCGUGCAACAUGUACCUUAUCAGGUUGCUGCCGCGUGGGAUUCACGCCUGCGGGCUGACGUAGAGGCCAAGAAAGCAGCCGCUACACUCCGCAAGCAGAAGCAGACCCAGACUCUCGGCGACGAGAACGUGUCGGGACGCGUCCCGCGCGAGCUCUUUGUGCGGGCCAAGAAGACCCCAGCUGUCAAGACAUGGGUUCGCUCGCUCGAGGAACCAGUUCGCAAGUUCCUGGUUGACCGCGAUGUCGCCAAGGAGGCCGAGAUCGAGAGUGACGAUACUGAAGACGAAGAGAUCGUCUUUGUUGGUCGUAACGGCUCAAUGAGAGAUGGCUGGAAGAAAGCCAGGCGUGAAGGCCCAAAAGACGAAUCUGGCAUGUUGCUUGAUCUCCUUGGCGAUGACGAUGAGAGCGGUGCGUUCAAACGAUGGAUUAGUCAUUCUAUUUCGGAUUACUACGGGCUAGAUUCGCGUUCCAUUCUCGUGGGCAACCCGAAGCGCAAGGUUGUCUACGUUGGUGUAAAGCAGAUGAAGACGGGUCAUGCAGUGGGCCCACUGACAACUCUACCCCGACCAUUGUGGGAGCUUUGCUAA